UUCAUCCGCCGCCCCGGCCAUGAAAAUGCUCCUGGUCCGCAAGUUCCGGGUGCUGAUCCUGAUGGUGUUCCUCGUCGCCUGCACCAUGCACAUCAUGAUCGACCUGCUGCCGCGCCUGGAGCGCCGGGGCCCCGAGGGCCGCCCGGGCUGCUCCUGCCCGCCGCCCGCCGCCGCGCCGCCGCCCCGCUGGCCGCGCUCUUCGAGCACCCGCUCUACCGCAACGCCCUGCCCCCGCUGGCCGACGGAGACCUCCUCUUCAAUGUCAACAGCGACAUCAGGUUCAACCCGCGGGCGGCCGAGCAGCCCGAGUGGCAAAAUGAAGAUCAUCAUGAAGAAUUUUUGCCAACUGGAGAAACCUCCAUAGACUCCUACCCAAACUGGUUAAAAUUCCACAUUGGCAUUAAUCGGUACGAGCUGUAUUCCAGACACAAUCCUGCAAUUGAGGCUUUACUACAAGACCUUGUCUCCCAAAAGAUAACCAGUGUUGCAAUGAAAUCAGGAGGCACCCAGCUGAAGCUGAUCAUGACAUUCCAGAACUAUGGACAAGCAUUGUUUAAACCAAUGAAGCAAACCAGAGAACAAGAAACCCCGCCUGACUUUUUUUACUUCUCAGACUAUGAGAGACAUAAUGCAGAAAUAGCAGCAUUUCAUCUCGACAGGAUCCUGGAUUUCCGGCGCGUGCCCCCGGUCGCAGGCAGACUGGUUAACAUGACGAGGGAAAUACGAGAUGUUACUCGUGACAAGAAGCUCUGGAGAACAUUUUUCAUCUCACCAGCCAACAACAUCUGCUUCUAUGGGGAAUGCUCCUACUACUGCUCAACAGAGCACGCCCUGUGUGGGAAACCAGAUCAGAUUGAAGGGUCCCUGGCUGCUUUCCUGCCUGAUUUGUCACUAGCAAAAAGGAAAACCUGGAGAAACCCCUGGAGGCGUUCCUACCACAAGCGCAAGAAAGCAGAAUGGGAAGUUGAUCCAGAUUAUUGUGAAGAGGUUAAACAAACACCCCCAUAUGACAGUGGGACCAGAAUUCUGGAUAUAAUGGAUAUGACAGUUUUUGAUUUCCUAAUGGGUAACAUGGAUCGACAUCACUACGAAACCUUUGAGAAGUUUGGAAAUGAAACUUUUAUUAUCCACUUAGAUAAUGGAAGAGGGUUUGGAAAAUAUUCCCAUGAUGAACUUUCCAUUUUGGUGCCUUUAAACCAGUGCUGCAGAAUCAGGAAGUCUACCUAUCUGCGAUUACAGCUGCUAGCCAAGGAGGAGUACAAACUCAGUCUCCUGAUGAAAGAAUCUUUGCUAAAAGACAAAAUAGCUCCAAUCCUCUACCAGCCUCACUUGGAGGCGAUGGACAGGCGGCUGCGGAUUGUGCUCAAGGCUGUCAGUGACUGCAUAGAGAAGGAUGGGUAUGACAACGUGGUUGAAAAUGACUUUAACACGGAUGUGAACACUGUUACAACUGAGAGGUAGUGAAAUGGCAAGACUACGUUUUUACCAGCUGAGUCAAGAAGAUUCAAAGAAGGAAAAGAAACAAAACAACAAAAAAAUUAAGUCUUGCAAAAGACUGUGUAUGCUACUUUGUGAAUUCAGUGAAUUCAGAAAUGAGAUAUAAUUGUUCCCAAAGUAGGUAAAGUGUAGACUCUGCAAAGGAUUAGUUCAUUAAGAAAAAUAAGUCUAAUGUGAUGCUUUUCAUUAGUUCCUGAAGAGAGAUUAUGAAAAGAUUCAGAAAAUACUCAAUCAUGGACAGACAGCAGUCUGAUAGCAAAACACCUCCUGUCCUUUUUGUAUAGAAAGGAGGCCUUUACUUAAUAUUUUGUAUUUAUAUAUGGCAUAUCUAUGAAACCCCAGACCUACCUUCCAAAUUUAACUAAGAGGGACAGCAUAGUUUUGUGACUCACACUUUAUUUGUGGUGACAGUCCACUUAGUAUUUUGUGUUAACCCUUUAAGUGCUCUAAUCCACUGUAUCUUAUUUAAAUUGAAUGCUUAUUUUCCCCCCAGCUAAUCAGCAUUUAAAGGGUUAAGGCAUUAUGAACUUUUAAGGGCAAAAAAUAAUAAUAAUAAUGAUGAUAAUAAUGAUAAUAAAUACAGGGGUUACCAGAAGGGAAUUUCACUAAUUGUGCUUUGACAGGAAUACUUGAAUGUUGGUUUUACAAAGUGAUGUAAAAUGACAAGUUGUACUAUUUGUCCAUAAGGAGGUGGCAGCUCUUAUCUUUCUAGACUAUCAUAGCUGAGCUGCUACUUUUCGAUUUUGCUUUUGAUAGUUUUGUGUAAAUAUAUACAUAUAUGGGUAAAAAGCUGCUUUCAGCAGCUCUAGGCUUACUUUUGCAGCAUUUUUGUGGAAUUGUUUGCAACGUGGUAAAAGUGCAAUAAAGAUAUGCAAAAUGUGUA